UAUAAAUAUUUUGUCAAUAGGUCCUUGGAGGCGUUGAUGAAUUGAUGAUCCCAAAAGGAGGAAUUGAGAAAGACGCUUCUGCUACCGCCUCGUUCAUCUUUCGUCACGCUCUCUUUUUGUUUCGUUACUCUGAACAAAGAUUGAAUGCCAACUAUGGAAGCUGGUGAAGUUGCUGUGUUUGUGGACACCAAUUUUGGCACUCGCAUUGCUUUCAAAGCCUUUCCCCACGUUACAGUUGCAUCACUCAAAAGAGACUUUGCGAGAGUACACCUCGGAUGUUUACCAGAUACAGGAGAAAUCCAAGUUAAUGGAUUAAUGGUCAAGCGAAAAUCAUGCUUCUACUACCUGCCAGAUUCCCUGCCUAUAAAGCAUGUUUUCCCCAAGAUGAGGAGAACAUGGUUUCUUCACAUGGACAUUCAGCAUUUAACGCGUUCGCAUAUUCCAUGUUCACCCUGUGGCAUAGCCAUUCUUUCCAAACGCCAGGGCUUGAUGACCUCAAAUGGUGAGAACAAAGUUAUAUGCAAUAGUGAGGAAAAAAGAGCGGAAGGGUUCUGCAAAAAUUACAUGCAAAAUGCAGCUGGUGGAACUCUAGAAGACGAAAAACCUACCGGCACCACCGAGAAGAGUCAAUAUUUGAAGGAAGAAAAUAAAGUUGAAAAUCAGGCUGUGUUGCAUGCAAACUCAAUGCAAGGCAGUCUCAGUAAGAUGUCAACACAAGUGAUAUCAGUGUCAGCCAUAAUCAAUAAAUACUUUCUGGGCUUCAAUGGGAUUGACAAUAUUAACAGUUCUCCAAACUCAGACUUUACAUCCAAUGCUGUUCACAGUGAUAUCGAAGUUCAAUCAAAAGCUACACCACAGAGUUGUUUGAAAAGACGAAUCAAUAUUCCGGCACCGGUAACUCCCAAAACAGCUCCACCUGUUCUGCAUGCUGCAUUUCGGGUUGACUUGGUUUCCAAAAAAGCAGGGCCUAAAAGGAGAAGAUCCAGAAAACAUGCUCCGUUUCAUGCUGACUUGGUUUCCAAAGAGAGAAAAUCCAGAGUUGGGAAGCGUCUUCUUGUCGCUUCUCAAAGUCUUGGGGUUUCUCCCAUCAAGGAUAGUUCCAUACUUUUUUGUAAACUUAAAAAUAGAAAUCAAAUAGAGAAGAAAUCUCAGAUCAAUGGUUCAAUAUUUUCUCUUAGUGAUAGUGACAGUGAUAGUUGACAUUGUAGUGUAAACUAAAAUAUGAUCUGAACUACUGUAUUUUGAUAUACUUAUGCGUGUAGCUUGGUUGUAACAGAAUCUUAAGUUCAUAACUUAUAGAUUAGAAAAAAGCAGGAUUGUCAAGUGGAGUGGGAAGGUCAUGUAAUGAAGCAUUAAAUGUUGCAUCCUGCAGCUGGAUAUUGUACACAAAACUAAGGGAUAUGGAGUUCAGAAAUAGGAUCAAUUGUAAU